GUGGAUGGUGGCAGUAUGAUCAAAGAGCAAAUGCGGAUAUCGAUGCAGCAUUUACGAACGGUCAACGAAAGAUCGAUUUGCUAAUAGCUGGUUUUGUCUAUGUUAUUGAUUUUGAAAAUAUGUCGCAGUAUAGACAAAAUGAAACACAACGCCGACGAAGAAUUAAAUAUGAUUUAGUAACAGCAUUAAAAAAAGGCAUUGGUGGUCUAAAAUUAAACGAUAGACAAAGGCGAGAUAAUCAAGGCAAUCAGCCUCCAUUGCUCGUACCAUCAACAGUAUCAACUACUGUCGUCACUUCUUCACCACAGUCUUCGCAUACUACUCGAUUAUCACCAGGCACAAAUAUUGUUCCAUCGUUAACAUCAUUGGUUUCGUCUGCCACGGAUACAUCACCAAUUCAACUUUCAUCCUCUCUAACGGCUGAUAAUAAUAGCGAAAAUAAUAAUUUACGCUCCGAUGCUGAUGGUGGAGAAGAAACAUCAGUCUCACAGAUAACUCUCCUCUUAAAUCGAUCGAUAAUUGAUGAUUCUGUACCAUUACGCAGACCGAUGUUGGGCACACCAAAUUAUCAAACGUCGAGAUCAAUAAAUGGAAUUAACAAUAGUUCUACCGUUCGAAGUUACGUGGGUAACUUCGAAUCGGAUAGUUCUAGUGAUAAUGAGCAGAAUCAUGAGGAGGAGGAAACCAAUUGUAUUCGACCAACAUUAAUUGGUGAAGGGAAUAAUAAUAUUAGCCGUCGCUCAGAUUUUUUACUUGGUUCUUCAACCACAACGUCAGACAGACAAUUACACAACAAUAGCUCAACAUUAUUGCCAGAUUCAGUAUCGGAACUGCAUGUUGCACCUUCUACUGAUUAA